UUACGUUUAGACUAUACUAAAUCAUCAUGGUCAUUCAACCGUAGAUAGAUAGAUAUCAUAGAACACUGUUCCUAAGAGCUGCGCUGAUACUGUGUAUACACUGACAGGACAAUAUAUUGGAUCUCCUCGGUAGCUUCUAGAUUGACACCAUAAUUAUACACAACACAAGAUGUCCUCCAGAACAGAAGUGCCUCCUCAGCUACACAUAGAGCGAAGUGCUUCAUCAGUUGCAAGAGCACUCCUCAGGAAAUCCUCUGGUAUGAAUAAACGGAUUAUCGGAUCACAUGCAAGUCACAUGACUACCGGUGGCGUACGGAAAAUUCCAAGCCAGAGUGAGCCUAAGCCACAGUUGACUAAUGGCGUGAGUGAGCAAAUACUGAAACCAUUGAACAGUUUUGAGAAUGGCAACGUGACAGACGACGGUGAAAGUACAGCAGAGGCCGUGGAUUCUUCAACUACCGAUAACUUUCCUAACUCUAUCGAUCCGAUUGAUUUCAUUGAGAAUAAUCCACGUCUCUCACGUCUCUCACACUACACUCACACGUCACACACCUCUCACAUGAUGGGGGGUGGGCGAGGGGGCGGUCAUCGGUACGAGAAUUGGAGCAUGUUUGUAAGUGAGAAGGAAUUUCAAGAAUUGGCCAGAAAAAAUAAGGCGCCUAUUAAACGAUCAAAACCAACGAGAGGAGGCAAGACAACGGAAAGACAACGACUACCACACCCCCUCCCGCGUGUGGCCAACAAGAUAAAGUCAGUUCGUAUGAUCAAUGCCCCCCGGAAAAGACGUCUAUCCGGACGACUAGCACGCCCCCCUCAAUUGUCCAAUGCGAGCGAGGAGGGGGACAUGGCCCAGGCGGAUGAGAUGGGGGAGGGGGAGGGACGGGAUGAUGGGUUUGUGGACGGGGGAGAGGCCGUACGGAAGAGGAACAGGAAGAAACCCGGUGGUGUGCACAUGCUCCUACCCAGUGCUGGUAGUCCUCAAUCCAGUCCCUCCAAUACACCUGUCUCUAGAAGGAGGGCCUCCUCUAGGAAGUCACGUCCUAAACCUCGUGCCAAGAAGCCAAGUAAACUAGCCCAGCACGCUUCUGCUGACCUCAGCACUCAGGAGAGUACAACUCAAGGUCCCGGCUCUUCAGACUCGAGUGAAAAAGGACUGUCCUCUCACGAAGGAGCAGUAGUGCAUAUCAACGAAGACAUUGCAGACUCCGACAGCGAAGAUUUAUACGAGGACACUCGCUCUGUCACCCCCAAUCCAAAUUCGUUAGCGUCCAAUCACAAGGACGUCCCCGCAGAGCCCAGCGCCAUGACCGAGUCUCUUGUUAACCAAAGUAGCAAUCAUGUGGCGGAUUUAAACGACCCGCCACCUCUGCUACAAGUGUCCAGUAAAGAUAGCAUACAUUCAAACUCAGACGAAAAUGUUCAUGACUCAAACGAAACUAGUGAUACUGAUUUCCGUGACAACUUCCGAGAAAAUCUGUGGAAAAAUCGAAGAUUUGAGUCCGAUUUAUCGACUGCUCCUUUUUCCAGUGAAACUUCGGAUAUGGACACUUCUGGGAACGAGAGGAUCUUGGCAACCGACGACGGCAGCAAUCGGAUUGGUCAGUCUAAACCCCUCAUCGAGGUGGUAAAGCAUCGUCAAAUAAACUCUGAAAGUAGCGGCGAUGAAAUAGCCAAGAGAGCUCGCGAGGUGAGAAUUGUACCACGACCUCCUCCGAAACCAGCCACUCUAUUGUCCGGCCUUAGCAACAGCAAGACUGUAUCCAAAGCCCCACCCCCGGCUAAGAAAGCGCUGCAUCUCACCAAAAGCUCACCAAUGUCUGGGAAAUUGAACACUGCUAUUGCCUCCACACAACUGAAGAGUCCUGCACGAAAUAGAGGCAGCCUCAAAGGGACUGUACCUACUAAACCAAAACCACCUAUUGCUGCUAAACCUAAACCAGAAGUGAAACCUCGGCCUGCCAUGGCAACUAUCACUCAACAGAGGACUACUAUCAUCCCUAAUGGAGUGACCACGAGUGGGAAGCCAGGUGAAGCUACUAAACCUCGACCUGUGUGUAGCCCCCCAUCACUGAGGAAGAUACACAGCGAGUCAGUCAUGAAGAAACCACCUCCCCCGAUAGUGAUAGCUAAAACACGACGAGUGAGCGAGCCAGUUCAAACCACACCCACUUCCCCUCCCACCAAGCCUGCCGUCUCUCCUAAACCAGGCAGACCAAAGCCGCCCCCACAAGAUCCAUCACCACCACCCACACAUAACGCACUCUCACCUCUACCGACGUCUGCCGGCUCCGAAGACACACAAUCAAAAACAUCCUCAUCUUCUGAAACCCUCUCCAGCCAAUCUCCUUCUAAUUCUCCUCACGUUUCACCCGCUGUAAAGAAGAAGUCUCAGUCUAAUAAUCUUCUGCCGUCACAGCUGUGUAUGGAGCACUCUCAGAGCACCCCCUCUUUGUCCGGGCUGCCACCGUCCAAACCACCAAAAGAUGUCGAGAAACGUGAGCUACUAUUGAUGCAAACGCAAGCACAACCGACGCCUAACAUAGAGCCGACAAUUGUUAAAGAUCGGAGCCAAUCAGAUCCACUCGUGCCACCGUUGACCAAUGGGAUUCAGUCACCGUCCCCGCCCCCUGUUCCACCAAGAUCAAAGGAUCCACUAACCGACCUUAACGUACCCAUCCCAAAGGAUAGACGUACUCCAAGUCCGAUAAUGAAUCGUUCUAAUAGACGCCCACCACCAAAUCCUCCGCAACAGCAAGAAGAGUCGAGCUCUCCGCCCGUUCCUCGAAGGUCAAAGGUCGAUGAAGAGUCCCCGCCCCCUCCUGUACCCCCACACAGCGGCAAAAGGAUGAGCAUAUACAGCAGCAUUUUGAACACAACACAAAUUAACACUAUACAAGAAAAUUAUGAAAUUUGCGACAUUGCUCCGGAAAAAUCGAUUGAAGAAUAUUAUAGUCAAGACUUUGAUGCUAGUCAUGUAUACGCCGAGAUAAAGACCACACCCACUAAUAGGAUACCUCCGAGUGAUUGUCAUGGCGACACUGUCCAGUAUUCAACAAACUCUAAAUUAAAGAAAAAGACGUCGAUGGCAGCACGAAGAGCUCCACCGCGACCUCCCGUAGGUUCAGAGGAAAUCGAUUCUUCGCUGUCGUCUGUUCCCGUCCCUCGAAAGAGAAGCAAUCUUGAGAGUAUAACACUCAAGGCCACCUCCUCCCCCCUACUGGGGACUAGCGGCAGUUCCGGCCCAUUGGUUGGGGCCCAGGAAACAUCAGACCCCCCGAAGAAAAUCUACGCUCGUGCACGCAGAAAUUACGAGGAGAUGGAUAUUUUUGAUGACCGGGCUGGAUCUUUAUACUCUGACCAAUCAAAGGAGCUCACACUGGAGAAGCCAAACUGGGCCCCACCCACCAGAACUGUUGUUAAACCAUCGAGACGAAAUUACGAAGAAAUUGACAUUUUUGAAGACCCUUCACCAUUUGAUAGUGAUAAUUCGUCUGCGAAAUUCAGCCCCUCUGAUGUACCAGCACCAGAGCCACCUGUCUCUCCUAUAACGAUGGUGGCUGUAACCCGUCAAACCAGUUCAUCCACUCUCAAGUUCAACUCGACCAACAAGAUCCCAGCACUACCGGUGGAAGACCUCCGUGAGAAUUGGACACGUCCGCAGUUUUCCUCUCCUCAAGUCCAACGACGACAGGCCAAGAGCUUCUCAGUCAAGAGAGGGCAAUCUAUGAUAUGCAGGAGGUCAGUGUCGGACAGGUUUGUCGUGAAGCCAGCCACUCUCGACCCAAGCAUGGCAAGAAAUGGCCUGUAUCGUCCCUCUUCCCUGGAUAACCUGAAUGACAGGAUGGACCGCUCUAUUCGUGCCCCUAACCAGGUGGGAGGGGGCUCCUCCAGUGAUGAGGAGGAGACUAGCACACUCUCACCCACACAGCUAGGGCUGCCCAAGGUGCCCAGUAGAGACGAUCUGUACAGUCCUUCGAAGACCAACACACAGAAAGAAAAGCAAGAUAAGAGCGAUGAAAGGAACCCGGACGCAGAGCCGCUCUACCAGUACAUCAACACAGCAGAGUUCCUCAGAGAAGCCCCACCCACUGCCUCGGAGAAGGAACAGAGUAACGGCUAUGCAAUUGGACGGAAACGUAACCAGCUGGAUGUGGCACGGCAUCUGUCCCAGCGUAGACUCUGGUGUGAGCAGCCUGAGGUGAUCAGCAGUGGGGUACUCAAGUUACUCAGCGAUGAAGAGAGGAAGUUGCAGGAGGCCAUAUACGAGGUGAUCACAUCGGAGGCUACUUACCUGCGUAGUCUGGACGUGCUCAUCAACCACUUCAUGGAUGACCCCGGGAUGAACCCUAACCUUCCUGAGGGCAGACGCGUGUUGGACAAGCGACAACAUCACGUCAUCUUCUCCAAUGUCAGAGAGGUACGAGAGGUGAGUGCACGAUUCCUGGAGAAGCUGCAACGACGACAGAGAGAGAGUGCAGUCGUGCGAAACAUCUCUGACAUCAUCCUAGAAUUUGCUGGCAACUAUUUUGAAUGCUAUGUCAAGUACUGCACCAACCAAGUGUACCAGACCAGGGAGAUGCAGGAGUGCCUUGAGAACAACAUGAUGUUCCGGGACUAUCUCCGCCGGUUAGAGAGGGACAAGAUCUGUCAGGCCCUCAACGUGCAAUCAUUCCUACUCCUCCCGAUGCAGCGGAUCACGCGACUGCCUCUACUAGUGCUGGCCAUCCUAAAUCGCACCCCCCUGGACCACCCAGACCAUCAUGUCAUAGAGAGAACACUCAGAACAGUACAGAAGUUGGUGACAUCAUGCAAUGACGGGGCUCGUAAAAUGGAACGUACUGAACAGCUGGUCGAGAUCCACCAACGAUUGGACUUUGGUAAACUGAAGCCGUUCCCUCUGGUGUCUGCCUCCCGCCAGCUUGAGAGGAAGGGGAACCUGGUGGAACUGCAGGUGGAGCAGAAGCUACUCGGCAAGAUCAAGGUCAAGAAGACAUCUCUCUACGUUUUCGUAUUCACUGACUAUGUCAUCAUUACCAAGAAGAAAAAAGAUCCCAAAGGUGACUUCUCCUACAAGGUGAUUGACCACGCCUCCAGAGCUCUGGUGGAGGUCGAGUGGAUUGAGUCUCAUCGCAGUGUCAAUUUCGAGAAAAGUAUGUUCAAAGAAGCCGAGUCUGUUUCCAGGGCAACGUGGGCAGUAUCUCAGGCAGUGGAGAAACAUGCCUUCCUCGUGAUCUUACUGUCCAAUGCCUACAACCAGUGCGCCAAGUAUCUCUUCAUAGCACAGAACGACACUGACAAGACUCGGUGGAUGGAGUCGAUGGAGAGGCAGGACGGGCAAAAAGACGAGGAGAAGAUCUACGAGAUGUGGGACUGUCCCCAGGUACAGGCCAUCUUUGACUAUCGUGGGACACAGCCGGACGAGCUGGACCUCCAGAGAGGAGAUGUCGUGAAGGUGUACAGGAAAAUGGCAGAUGGUUGGUACGAGGGAGAGAAGCUGCGUGAUCUACGCAAAGGCUGGUUCCCGUCCAACUUCUGUGUGGAGGUCCAGAACGAGCACACGAGAGCACGCAACCUCAGAGAGACACAUCGGCUAAGAGACUUAACUGAAUCAUUGCAGACUAGAAUAUCACACAACUAAAUCCUAUAGAAAUCACAGCUCUCUUUCUCUUAAUUGUUUUGUGUUCCUCUGUAAUAUAGUGCUGUACAUGUGUUAUCAUAAUGUUCAUUCUUCUAUGUUAUCAUGACUGUGUUGUAUUUAUAAUAAUAAUUAUUUCAUAAAAAAAUUCCACAAGCACACAAUAAAAAAAGUUAUUAUUAAGAA